AUGGCUGCCGCUAGGACUCUUCGCAUAGGUCUCAUCCCCGGUGACGGUAUCGGACGGGAGGUCAUCCCGGCCGGUAGACGGAUCCUUGAAUCCCUUCCCUCCUCCCUGAACCUGAAGUUCAGCUUCGUUGACCUCGAUGCGGGGUACGACUGCUUCAAGCGCAGUGGCAGCGCUCUGCCCGACAAGACCGUCGAUGUGCUCAAGAAGGAGUGUGAUGGUGCCCUGUUCGGAGCUGUCAGCUCCCCCUCCACUAAGGUCGCCGGCUACUCAUCCCCCAUUGUCGCCCUCCGCAAGAAGCUCGACCUCUACGCCAACGUCCGCCCCGUCAAGACCACCGCGGGCACCAGCGCCGGCAAGCCCAUCGACCUCGUCAUCGUCCGCGAGAACACCGAGGACCUGUACGUGAAGGAGGAGACCACCGAGGAGACCCCCAACGGCAAGGUCGCCCGCGCCAUCAAGCAGAUUUCUGAGCGUGCCUCGUCGCGCAUCUCCACCAUGGCCGGUGAGAUUGCUCUCCGCCGCCAGAAGAUCCGGGACGCGAACCCCGGUCUCCGCGCCCAGCCCAUGGUGACCAUCACACACAAGUCCAACGUCCUCUCGCAGACUGACGGUCUCUUCCGCGAGACCGCGCGCGCCGCCCUAGCCGCCCAGAAGUUCUCUUCUAUCGAGGUCGAGGAGCAGAUUGUUGACUCCAUGGUCUACAAGCUCUUCCGCCAGCCCGAGUACUACGACGUCAUUGUUGCCCCCAACCUCUACGGAGACAUCCUCUCCGAUGGCGCGGCUGCCCUCGUUGGCAGUCUUGGUCUCGUGCCCAGCGCCAACGUCGGUGACAACUUUGCCAUCGGUGAGCCCUGCCACGGAAGUGCCCCCGAUAUCGAGGGCAAGGGCAUUGCCAACCCCAUUGCUACUCUUCGCAGCGUGGCUCUCAUGCUCGAGUUCCUCGGCGAGGAGAACGCCGCUGCUAAGAUAUACACUGCUGUUGAUGGCAACCUGGAUGAGGGCAAGUACCUCUCUCCUGACAUGGGCGGAAAGGCUACCACCCAGGAGGUGUUGGAUGAUGUUCUCAAGAGACUGUAA